UAUAUAUAUAUAUAUAUGUGGAGAGACAAAAUACUGGACGACAGGCCUAAAAAGUUUCGCACACAAUCCACGUUCGAAGAGCAGGACUGGAAGGAUUCAUGCCAUCAUGUCUCCGGCAGAGUGAAGGCCACACCAAAUCAUUUGCCACCACAUAAUUCCGCCAUCGGUAACUGCCUCCCAUUCAGCCCCCGGCGGCAGAUGGCGGCGCUCUUCGCAUGCUCCGCCCCACUUCCUCCACUACCCUCCGCCCGACGUCGCUGUGCUCUGUUUAGGACUCAUUCGGUUUCUUCUCAAAAUUCCACUUCCGCCGCUCGCCGCCCUGCCGUCAUUCUUCCGGGAUUGGGGAAUAAUACAAAUGACUACCAGAAGUUAGCCCUAAUUUUGAGCGAUUAUGGCGUGCCGACGGUGAUUGCGAAGGUCUCGAGAAUUGAUUGGCUGAGAAAUGCUGCUGGAUUGCUGGACUCGAAUUAUUGGCGAGGGUCGCUCCGCCCUCGACCAGUUCUCGAUUGGUAUCUUAAGAGGGUUGAAGCAGCUGUUAAUGAGGCCAAGGAGUUGGCUCAAGGUUCAACCUUAUCUUUGGUUGGGCACUCGGCCGGAGGAUGGCUUGCUCGUGUUUACAUGCAAGAAUUCGGGAUUUCAGAUGUUUCCCUGCUGCUCACGCUAGGAACCCCACACCUUGCACCACCUAAAGGUGUAUCAGGAGUCAUCGACCAGACGAGGGGCCUUCUUGAUUACAUCGAAAAGAAUUGUGCUAAAGCUGUCUACACUCCAGAACUAAGAUUCGUAUGCAUUGCAGGGAGGUACAUACAAGGGGCUCGUUUACUGAGCAGCGGCAACACAACCAUUAUGUCUGAAAUCGAUCAGCCGGUCGAGGAAAUGGCCGGAAUUGUUGCAUCAGCGUCACCACCAACUACUUUUGAAGCUCGAUUUGUCGGGCAGGGGUAUAAGCAGGUUUGCGGACAGGCGGAUGUCUGGGGCGACGGAGUGGUGCCGGAGAUGUCUGCACAUCUAGAAGGUGCCCUGAACAUAAGGCUGGAUGGAGUUUACCACUCUCCCAUUGGAGCAGAUGAUGAAACAAGGCCAUGGUAUGGAUCUCCUGCCAUUGUUGAUCAAUGGAUACAUCACCUGCUUCACUAACACCAUAAUAGUUACGGGUACCAAAUUUUUUGUUGUUAUUUAAAUUUAUUUUCGUUUUUUUUUUCAGUAAAAAUAUAUUAUUUUUAACCUUAAAAAGUAAAAAAUUUAUAUAUUUAUUAUUAUUAUUUUUUUAAAUAUGUGUUCGAUCAAACGAACACACAAUUUGAUG